UUCCACACUGCACACAAAUCGAACUUGGAUAAGCCACUCUACCCAGUAUGAAACCAAACUACGUGGACGCACUCAAGUCUCACCACCAAAAUAACACCCUGCUAUAACAUCUUCUCUGCAGAUUCACGUAAUUUAGCUUGAAAAAUGGCUGCCGAGCCUUUUUUGGGGAAAGGAAAUGGUACUACUGGUGCUUCAAGCAGAAGAAACAACAGAAACAAGACACAAGCUCAGCGUUUUUAUUUCUCAAUUCGAGCUUCUCAGUCUAUGGAUAACAAAAACAGGGUCUACAAGCAACUGGGUUUGUUUUCUUUAAAAAAAAAGAUUGAAGAUACAGUUCUCCGAGCUGAGAUGCUGGCACCAACAGCACUGGAACUUGAAGAAGCAAGGAAGAUUGAGCAGGAAGAGAUGAUACGUGGCUAUAACCUGUGGGAUGACCCCACCAAAUCCAAUGAAAUUCUUGUCAAGCUAGCUGACAGUGCCAGAGUAGUUGAUGCUCUCAAAGACCUAAAAUAUAAGGCUGAAGAAGCAAAGCUCAUUUCACAGUUGGCUGAGAUGGAUGCUAUCAAUUUCGGGCUUUUCAAGCAAGCAUACAACACAUCUUUACAUGUGAGCAAGUUCUUGGAUCAGUAUGAAAUGUCCAAGCUUCUCCAUGGACCGUAUGACAUAGAGGGAGCAUGUGUAAUUGUUAAAGCUGGACCAGAGGGCAUCUGCUCUGAGAUAUGGGCUGAGCAACUCUUAAGAAUGUAUAACAAAUGGGGAGAAAAACAAGGAUACAAUGGGAGGCUAGUUGAAAAGUGUUUUGGCAAGAAUGGCAUUAUCAAGUCUGCAACUAUUGAGUUUGAAUUUGAGUGUGCUUUUGGCUAUCUUUCAGGAGAGAGAGGUGUCCACCUCCUGAUAAGUUCUCAAAGUGGAUCUGAUGAAAAUGAGACUAGCUCAGCAUGUGUAGAUGUUGUUCCUCUCUUCCUGGGAACAGCAUUUGACUUACAAAUUAAUGAUGAGGAUUUAAUUUUGUCAUCACCCUCAUUUCUUCCUGGAGAAGGGAAGAACGUUAGGGAACUUGCAGUUUGCAUUCAGCAUAUUCCUACUGGCAUAACUGUACAAUCUUCAGGUGAAAGGAGCCAAUUUGCAAACAAGAUGAAGGCCCUGGAGAGAUUGAAGGCCAAACUUGUUGUGAUUGCAAGGGAGCAAGGAGUUUCAAGUGUUAGUUGCAUAAAUAGGGAUGCCAUUACGCAAAGAGAAACUCGGAGGUAUGUGUCUCAUCCUUACAAGCUAGUACAAGAUGUAAAAACUGGCAUCCAACUGCCUGACCUAAAUUCUGUUUUAGAUGGAAACAUUGAACCUCUUACUGAAGCUCAUAUAAAUAUUAGACAGUAAACUGAGACAGACUAAAUUUGUUUGAUUUGUGUUAUGAAACUGAAAUAUUUUUGCCAUCA